GAAAUUGCCUAACAUAAUAGAGAUAUGGGAGAAGCGAUUACUCAUAGCCUCAGAAAACGAAUCAAAGUCCUGCCGCCUGAAAGUUUUGUUGGUUUAUAAUUGUGAAAAAUUGGUUCAUGUGGUUCGGUUCAAUAUGCUCCCGCGAUUGCAAAAUCUGGAAAGAUUCGAGGUAGACAAUUGUCCAAAGAUGGAAGCAAUAGUCGCGGAGAAAGAAAAAGAAACAGGAACCACCAGUAAUGAUAUCAUCGUGUUCUCUCAAUUAACAACUAUUAGUCUUUUCGAGUUGGUGAGCCUUAAAAGUUUCUACAACUGGCCUACAAGAUUUGAAGCACAACCCUUGUUCAACCACCAGGUUGCUUUCCCCGUCUUGGAGAAUUUGGUAAUUUUGAAAUUGCCUAACAUAAUAGAGAUAUGGGAGAAGCGAUUACUCAUAGCCUCAGAAAACGAAUCAAAGUCCUGCCGCCUGAAAGUUUUGUUGGUUUAUAAUUGUGAGAAAUUGGUUCAUGUGGUUCGGUUCAAUAUGCUCCCGCGAUUGCAAAAUUUGGAAAGAUUCGAGGUAGACAAUUGUCCAAAGAUGGAAACAAUAGUCGCGGAGAAAGAAAAAGAAACAGGAACCACUAGUAAUGAUAUCAUCGUGUUCUCUCAACUAACAACUCUUAGACUUUCCGAGUUGGUGAGCCUUAAAAGUUUCUACAACUGGCCUACAAGAUUUGAAGCACAACCCUUGUUCAACCACCAGGUUGCUUUCCCCGUCUUGGAGAAUUUGGUAAUUUCGAAAUUGCCUAACAUAAUAGAGAUAUGGGAGAAGCGAUUACUCAUAACCUCAGAAAACGAAUCAAAGUCUUGCCGACUUGAAGAUUUGGAGGUUUCUAAUUGUAAGAAAUUGGUUUAUGUGGUUCGGUUCAAUAUGCUCCCGCGAUUGCAAAAUCUGGAAAGAUUCAAGGUUAACAAUUGUCCAGAGAUGGAAGCAAUAGUCGCGGUGAAAGAAAUAGAAACAGGAACCACCAGUAAUGAUAUCAUCGUGUUCUCUCAACUAGCAACUCUUAGACUUUCCGAGUUGGUGAGCCUUAAAAGUUUCUACAACUGGCCUACAAGAUUUGAAGCACAACCCUUGUUCAACCACCAGGUUUCUUUCCCAAAGUUGAAGACACUAGUUCUCGAUAAUUGUGUAAACUCAAGAGAGAUACAUCCUUGGAAUCUUCAGGCUAGCAAAAUAAGUUUAAAAUUCUUGGACGUAGCGAAUCUGGACAAGUUAAUUGUGAGAAAUUGUAGUGAGGUGGCAGAGGUUUUUCAACUUGAGGGGCUAAAUGUUGGAGAAGGACAACAUGUUAGGCCAUUAAUUGAAGUAAGAAUGAUGGAAUUGGAUGGAUUACCUCAAUUGACAUGUUUGUGGAACAAGGAUCCCCAUGGAAUUCUGGGCCUUCAAAGCCUACAAUACCUAACAAUUAAGAAAUGUUCCCUCUUGAGAAAUCUAUUCACAUGUUCCACCGCCAUGGCUCUUCAACAACUUAAAGUACUUUAUUUGGAGUCUUGUCCAGUGAUGGAAGAAGUUAUUGUAGCAACAGAGGAUGGGCUCAAGGAAGUGAUUGAUGUGAUUGAAUUCCCAAAGUUGGAGUGGCUAAUACUGAAAGAUCUACCAAACCUCAACAGUUUUUGUAAUGCAAACUAUAAUUUUAAUUUGCCAUCAUUAAACAGAGUUGUUCUGAAGAGGUGUCCGGAUAUGCACAACUUUACUUUGGGACAAGUACGCAUGUCACAGAUAUUUGUAAGUACACGUGGCAAUGAAGGCCUUUGGACAGAAGAUCUCAAUAAGUAUUUAGAGGAACGACUUCUGAAAGGAGAGGAAUGCGCAACCGUGGAUGAAAGUGAUUUUGACAUCGAAGAAGAAGACUUCUCUAACCUUUAUCGGCUUAGAUGGUUAGAUAUGAUCGAGUUCAAGUUGUUGAGAUUGGAGUAUGCUGGAUUACCCUCCUACAGUCAAUGGCAAACUUAUUGUUUCUUCCAAUAA